CGACAAUCUCAUCAAUUGCUGAAAUCCCCAGGUUGCCUUCUAUGUCCGGUCCAUUCAUCAUCGACGACGAGGAUGAGGUGCAGGAAGUCGCUGGUUGGCGACGGCAAAUCGAGGAAGAAACGCGGUGGGCUGCUUCCCAUUACCGACGGGCAGUGAAGGGUAGAGAACAGAACUCGGACCAAGUCGACGGCGCAGAUCAAGAGUUCGAGGAUAAUCUCGCGGAUGAGAUCUUCGAGGUCAUCGAUCUCACUGGCGAUGACGAUCCCCCCGCCUCCGACCCCCCGCGUCUUUCGAGAGCAGAGGGGAGAGAACUUAACCAGUACUGUACCAACAAUGGGCUCCUGCUUCUUCCCGGAAUGACCGUCGAAGUGGACAGUGCCGUUUCUGCGUUUGGAGUUGAGUUCUUGAGGAUCAAGUCCAUUAUUCAGCUUCAUCGGGGUGCAGAUAUUGUCCUCCGUGGCUGGGGUUUCGCUAGGACGGCGCAUUUCAGCGGCAUGUUGCCUCCCAAGCUCAACGAGCUUGUAAUGGUGGCAGAGAUUCGAACCCAGGGCCGCAGCCAAGUCGAAGAGCAGGCUUUGAUGGACGUGGCUGUGACUGCAGUCAAGAGCGCAAGGGAGCUGAGGAUUACAAAUGCGCCUUUUCCUGAGCAUCGCUUUGACCAGUUGUACUGGAGGAGCAAGGGACGGCAAUGGAUCAAGGCCAACGCGGCUUUGGUUUGCCGACACCAAUAUCGUAUUCACUUCCACGGCUCCAAUGAGAAGCCCUGUGAAUGGGCCCUUGUCAAGAUUGACGAGGCGACAGCGGAUCCUGAAUACAGGAUACUGGACGCACACAAACUCAACCGAUGGCGCGGUGGAAAGGUGCCUGGCGGUUCACACAAUCCCAGCGCAUCCAGUCGCCAAGUGGUCGACUUGGAAUCCAACCCACCCACCAGCUGCACUCUCUCGCCAAAGCUCUCACCUGGACAGCGCUACACAGCGGGAGACGUCUUCGCUGGCGCUGGCGGUGCUUCGAGGGGCAUCGAGCGCGCCGGUCUAGAGCUGGUGUUUGCAGUUGACGACUGGUAUCACGCGGCCGACUCGCUAAGGAGCAACUUUCCUAAGUGCACGGUGUACAACAUGAAUGUUUCCGACCUGCUCCAGUGCAAAGACAUCCAACACAGGGUGGACAUUCUGCACCUCUCCCCGCCCUGCCAGUUCUGGUCCCCAGCCCAUACCGUGGCUGGAAAGAACGACAAGGCGAACGUUGCCAUUCUGUUCUCCUGCGGGCCCCUCUUGCAGAAGUUCCGGCCGCGGCUCUUCACACUGGAGCAGACUUUCGGACUCCUGCACUCCCGGUUCAGCGCCUACUUCAACGCGCUGCUACUAAGCUUCACCGAAUGCGGCUACUCGGUGCGCUGGAAGGUCGUGCCCCUGGCCAACUACGGCGUGCCACAGCUCCGAAAGCGGCUCAUCAUGAUCGGCUCUGCUCCGGGCGAGAAGCUCCCUCCAUUUCCGCCCGCAACGCACAGCAAGGGCGGCGCCGGUGGCCUGAAGCCAUGGGCCUCCCCAGAGUCUGUGCUUUCUCCGCUGUCUCGGAGUCGGCGGUUCAAUCACCACAAGCUGCACAUGCCCCAUCUCAGCAGGCGCUUCGACCCGCCCAAGGCACCGUGGGACCCGACGCAGCUGGCCAAGACCAUCACCACGAGCGGCGGUCAGAACUACCACUGGGAUGGCAAGCGAGACUUCACGCUACUCGAGUACGCCAUGCUGCAGGGUUUCCCGACGUGGCACCGGUUCGAAGGAAGAUGCAUCAAGCGGCAGAUAGGAAACGCCUUCGCACCCACGGUGGUCAGGGCGCUCUACGAACACCUCGUCAAGUGGCUGCUCGCUCAGGAUGGAUUCGACCCCUCCGCUCGUCAUCAGUCUCUUUCCCCGGAGGUGGUCUCCAUCUCGCUUGAUACCGACGACGAUGAGCAGGGCCAGCGCCGCCAAAGUGAGGUUGAGCCGGUUAUGGUGGUGGCUGAGAGGGCUGAGCAGGAGAUCCGCUUUGUUGGGUCACGUAGCAUCAGCGGACGAAGCGAGGUGGUCCCGCAACCCGCUCAGGUUGAGCCAGUUUGGGAGGUUGAAGAAGUUCAAGAUGUUGAAGAGGCCGAAGGCCGUCAACCUACUCCCGCCCGAGGUGUGGAUGACCUGAUGGAUCUGGAUAGGCUAGACACUCUCUCGGACACCGAGACGGUCCGCGGCGACGAGGACACUGGGGGUGUUAUGGACAUCGGUGACGAAGUCAUCAUCUGGGGAACGGGCACAACUAAUUCACCAUGGGUGCUCUCGGACUAAGACCCCUUUGGGUUCCAUAGGGGCUCGCGACUUCACUAACUGUAACCGUGGGGGCCGGAAGCAGCUCGUAUUUUAAGGAUUCAGUCAUGCUGGAGGUGGAUAAUGUGCCACUUCAAGGAAAGGACUGGGUAGACGGGUGUUUCUUCUGCUGUUAGAGACGUGACGGGGAAGAUUCGUGUUAGUUGUCGCUCAAGCUUCACACACACUGUUCACUUAGACAUCUGGGAUACAUCAUGGGGGAGUUGUUCAGGUUCCUAGCACUAUUCAUUUACGCGGAUCAUGGGGCCAUUUGAGCGAUUGUUGGAUAAGAUACGCGCGUCUGGGAGAUAUGACUGAGCAGUUACUGGAAGGCUUGGGUGAUCAGACAGCAGGAGAAAGAUACCUUAACUACACCCGCCCUAAAAAAAAAGGGCAAGAGUGGCGUGUAUGAUCG